GGUUAAAUCAUAUCCUGUCACAGGAUAAGUUACAUAGUUACUUUGUUUGUUUACUGACGAAAUAACCGUGAAAAAAAACUUCAAUUCAAUUUUUAUUUGACUUUUUAAGCUGGACAUUAUGUGUAGAUAGACUUUGGACAAGAGCUAGAUUGGUGUUUUGUUUUGUUUAAUAACCAUUUAGCCUAGAUACUUUAUUAUUUGAGUUAAAUACAAAGAUAUAGAGAUCUAAAGUUUCAGUGGUGAACAAAAUGGCAAUGUUUUCUCAGUCCACCAUUGAAAAAGGAUCUGACAUGGUCCAAGACUUCUUGUGUUCGACCUGUGAAUAUGAGAAACUGGAUGAAAUGGCUGAUUACUAUUGUGAAUCCUGCGUGAAGUUUUACUGCCAAAAAUGUAUUUGUAUGCACAGUCAAUUGUUUAAAAAACAUUCCACUCAUGGAAGGGGAGAUAUGAAGAAAUGGCCAGUGGCCAAGAAAGUGGAGGAUUUUCUUCUUAAAUGUGAUGUUCAUAAAGAUGAAAACCUGGACAUGUUUUGUAAAGACCAUUGCCAGCUGUGCUGCACUAAUUGUAAAUUCCUCUAUCACAGACAAUGCAAAAUGGUGCCGCUUAUAUCAGACUUAGUAAAGAAAAAUCCCACUGACCUGAAGAAGCUAUCAGUAACUAUCCAAACUUUUCUGAAAGAAAUAAAGAACCUUCAAGACCAGCAGGAGACUUGCAUUCAAUCUGUCCAAAGCUCAUAUGAUGAGCAAUUGCAAAAAAUACAGGAAACUCGCAAACAAAUAAAUGCAGCCUUAGACUUGCUUGAAAAGAAUACACUUAAAGAAAUGAAAGAAACACUAACCAAACUGCAAGCCUCUCUCAGAGGUGAUAUAGACAAAUGUGCCUCACUUCAAGGUGAAUUGAAACAACUUUGCGACGCCAUACAGGACAUUAGUGAUAAAAGCAUGCUGGAACUAUCCUUUGUAGCAAGCAUUAAAUGCCAGGAAAAGAUAAAACAGUCUGAAACCUAUCUGAAGAAGAACUUUGCUCUAGCAAAAUCUUCAAUAGCUUUUGAGCCUAAUAGUGAUAUAGUGCAGUACCUUACCAAGUUGUCAGGUCUUGGAAGGAUUGAACACAGUGCCCAGACCUUACCAGUGCAGUACCUUACCAAGUUGUCAGGUCUUGGAAGGAUUGAAUACAGUGCCCAGACCUUACCAGUGCAGAGAAAUCCACACCCAGUAAUAAGGCUGAACUCUAAGUAUGAGUAUAAUGCGAGCAUACAAAGUGAUUUAGACAAUUGCUGUAUCACAGCCAUCUGUGUUCUCCCAGACAUACUCAUGGUCCUGGUUGUUGACUACGCUAAUUGUAAAGUUAAACUGCUGGACCAGCAGUACAAGGUGGUGGAUCACUGUAUUGUAUCCGAUUGGCCAAAGAACAUGUGUCAGAUAUCACCAACUGAGGUGGCAGUGACUGUAGAUGGUGGCACCAAUCAUGAGAUCUGGUUUAUCACAGUCAACAACAACCAGCUGGUGACAAACAGGAAGCUUCAGUUACAACAUAUCUGUGGAGGAAUUGCCCACUACCAGGGAGACCUGUUUGUCACAUCUGGUACUGCACUGUACAAGUAUUCAAUGAGUGGAAAACUGGUCAGCAAACUGCACGAGGGCAAAUCAGAUGGAUGGACAGUAGGGAGAUGUGCUGUAAGCCCCACAGGUGACAAGUUGUAUGUCGCCAACCCCUCCAACCACAAGCUCCUGACUCUGGCCAGUGAUGGAUCAGUCCUUGCGUCUUUCAAAGACCCUGAUCUGAACUACCCAACUGGUUUACAUGUAACACCUGCAGGCCAGGUGCUGCUAUGUGGAGCAGUGUCCUGCACCAUCCUACAGGUAAACAGUGAGGGCAGUAAGAAGCUGGCCACUCUGGCUACAGAGAGGGAUGGGCUUCAGAACCCUUCCUCAGUAUGCUACAACAUCAACACUGCUUCCAUUAUUGUGGGACAGGAGUACACCAACAACAUCCUGGUGUACAAAGUCCUAUAGCUAAUCAUUAUUGUAUCUGAUAUGUGUAAUAAUAAUAAAUGAUAUAUAUAUCAAUAACUGUUAGUGUUACAAUGCAACAAUGUUUUUAAAUUGUAAUAUAUCGGAAUCAUAUUUAUACACAUAUUUUCUACAAAUCAUGUUAUCUCAUCAUUUUUGAAAUGAAACCUGUUUCUUAACUAACAUGUCUUCCAUGUCCUUAACAUUAAUGUUUUACUUUUUAUCAAAGAACUCAAUCAACGCAUCUGUUCUGCGUUAAAAAAUAAAAGUCUAUUUUAACAAGAGCACCACAUAACGGGUGUCACGCUCGGCUGCGGGUGCAGUUUUGAAUAAAUAAAAGCUUGUCAGAUUUUUGUUUGUUUGUUUAGAGGUCACAGUGACCUUUGACCUAGUGACCCAAAAAUGGGUGUGGCAUGUAGAACUAAUCAAGGUGCAGCUACAUAUGAAUUUUCAAAGUUGUAGGUUGAAGCACUUUGAUUUUAGAGCCAAUGUUCAAAACCUUAAAAUGUUAAGGUUUUAGCACGACGCGGAAGGCGAGCUGGCUAUGACAAUACCUUGGGUUUUCUCCGAAAACAGCCCAGCUAAAAACAUUUUAAGUGACAGAGGUUUUACAUUGAAAAUAACCAGGUAAAAGACACUAUUUUACUGUUUUAGGAUGUAAUUUAUAAGAUGUGCAACAAUUUGCUGAUGUAUCCAUUUAUAAAUAAAUAUAUAUGCCCUUUUUC